AUGUCAAAAUUUCAAUGGCUAUCUGCCAUCAUUAUUUUGAUUCUUUCAUGGGCUAUUUUUAAUAAUAUUACAAACAAGAAUGAGAUUAUUAUUGAAAAUGAUGGAUAUUAUGGUUCUGGAGAAAAAGUUGCUGAUGACACAAAGAUAUAUGAUUUUAAAAUUAAUGUUUCUAAAUCGGUAUUAGAUGACUUAAAAUAUAGAUUAGAGAAUGCCAGAAUUUCACAUGAAGUAUUGGAGGAUGUUGAUACUUUUGAGUAUGGUUUCAAUUCAAAAACAUUACAUAAAUUAAAAAAUUAUUGGAUAAAUCAAUAUAACUGGAAAAAAUAUGAAAAUAUUUUAAAUUCAUUUCCUCAAUUUACCACAGAAAUCGAAGGACUUAAUAUUCAUUUUAUUCGGGUAAUUCCUGAUAAAAAAUACACAAAAGUAUAUCCUUUACUUCUUGUUCAUGGAUGGCCUGGAAAUAUAUUUGAAUUUUAUAAAAUAAUACCAAUGUUAUCUGAUCCAAAAAACCAUUUACCUUCGACGAAAGAUGACUUUGCAUUUGAAUUGAUCAUUCCAUCAAUUCCAGGAUAUGGUUAUUCUUCUCAACCAAGAAAAAAGGAUUUAAAUCAGAUAGCAACAGCAAGAAUAUUUAAAAAAUUAAUGGAAAGAUUGGGUCAUAAAAAAUUUUUCCUCCAAGGAGGUGAUUGGGGAGCAGUAAUAACAUCAAAUUUAGCAAGAUUCUGGCCAGAGAAUUGUUUAGGUUUACAUUUAAAUAUGGCCUUUUUUUCACCAACAUCAAUUUGGGACUAUUAUUAUCAAAUAGUUGGUAGUAUAUUUCCAACAUUAGUUUUCAAGGACAAAGAAUUCUCCGAUUAUAAUGCUCUUUCCAUAAUUAGUAUUAUUUUAAAAGAAUUUGGAUAUGGGCAUAUUCAAGGAACAAAACCAGAUACAGUAGGAACAUCAUUGAAUGACUCUCCUAUUGGUUUGGCAGCAUAUAUCCUUGAAAAAUAUUCAACAUGGACGUCAAAUAAAUAUAUCUAUUUGCAAGAUGGUGGACUAACAAAAGACUUUACACUUGAUGAAUUGAUAACGAUUGUCAUGAUAUAUUGGACUAAUGGAAAUAUAGUUUCAUCUCAACGAUACUAUAGAGAAUAUUUUUAUAAUUCCAAAUGUUUUGAAACCAGUAAAGUAUAUGUAUCAAUACCUACUGGUUAUGCCUCAUUUCCAAAUGAUCUUGGAAUUAGAACACCUUUAGAAAUUUUUUCACUUCAUUACAAUACCACACAUUUUACUCUUAUGGAAGAUGGAGGACAUUUUGCAGCUUUUCAAAAACCUAAAGAGUUAGCAUAUGAUAUAUUUAAGUUUGUAAAAACUGUUUAA